UGCGUCCGUAGCUCUGUUCAUUAGUAAUUUUUGACAGAAAAGAAGACUACAAAAAGUAAUUUACUACGUAAAAUAAUACAUAUUUAACAUCGAAAUGCCAAAACCAUACCUCGGGUAUACCACAUUUUUUAAGUUUGAUUGAAAAUAUUCAAAUACUUUCUAUAUAAAUAUUUUUCUGUUCAUUUAUAUUCAAAAUCAAUAUAUCAAAAACAUAUCGCUGGUUCACCACAAUUUUCAAGUUCGAUUCAAAGUACUUUCUAUAUUUAAGUGUUUCUCUGUAUUCCAUUCAUAUCCGUAAUACAACUUAAAUAAUUUAUAAUAAGUUUCUAUUUGUUUCUUUUAAACUUGAUAAGACAAAAACAGUUUAACAAGCAAAACUCACCAAUUCAAAAAGAAGAUGUUUAUAUUCUUAAAGAUUGCAGUUUUUACAUUGCAAAUUCUUUUUGUUUGGGGUGGUUAUUAUACUUUGGAUGAUGAAUUGCCCGACGGCGGUGUAACAAAGUAUUUUAAAAACUGCACUGAAGUGAGCUGUUUGUUGCAAUGUGAAAGAGAGAAACAAUGUGACCGAAUCAUGUUUAAGUUACACAAUAAACAGAUGAGAAAUGGAGAGUGUUGGUUUGUUAAGAACACAACUGAUAAAGGGGAAGAGAUGCAGACUUUGAAAAAAGACAAAUCCAUUAAAAGCUAUCAAAAGACGACACCUGAAUGCCCAUCAAAAGCGAAGUGCUACUAUGGAAACUGCGCCAUUACCAACGAUUUGAAAGGAUACAACUGUGAAUGUCAAGAUGAUUGGAUUUUAUUAAAAAGUAAUGUCUGCUUUGGAGCAAGGGCAAACCAAUAUGGAACAUUCAACAUACAAUAUGAUGCAUACAUGACUGGCAUAAAAUUGGUGCAUGUUGGAGGAAAUGGAGUGACAUGCUUGGAGAAUGUAGCAUUGACAAAAUGGGGAUGCGAUUCUAUAAACCAAUAUUCUAACAAGUAUGUUAGUGUUGUUAUAACCAAUUAUCAAAACAACGUGCUUUACCCAUACAUGGGUCAUCUUGGGGAAGGUUUUUAUUCCGUACCAGGAUACAACGCGAACUCGCCAUACUUGAUCUUUGGUGGAAGGAAUUACACUGUUUACAGAAACAAAGAGUUGCGAAUACAUUAUGGUGAAACAUUAAUGGGAUACCACCAAAAAAACAAUGGUACAUCUUGCGCAGAUAUUUAUGCAAAGUUGUGUGACGUUUAAAUGUGAUGAUUGGUGAUUAAUUGACUGUGUCCUUUUUAUGACGUGUUUAUUCACAAGAUUCUAUUCUUAGGACAUUUUUUUUUAUUUUAAUGCUUCGUGUUUAUACAGAAUCUUUUUUUAACAUUAGUCGUUUUUUCACUGAACAGAAAAAUUCACUAAAGCUGUUUAAUUUUUAUUUAACCGGAAAACAAAGAAACGUUUCGUUUUAUAAUUUUUUAAGAAUAUUGUAAUCAAAAUUUAAAACAGUUUAAAAAGUACGUAAGCUUAAAGCACCAGGAUUAUUACCAGAAGAAUGGUUUAUAUAUAUUAUUUACGUAGAACCCUUGAUUUGCGAACUUACUCAAAAACUCCUUCAAUUCUUGUGACCUUUUUCUGAAGAAAAAUUGUUUUAUUAGAUGUAAAACUAUGCGAAUCAAAGAUCAAUCCUAAAUGUGCAACAAUAGAA